AUGGAACCAGUGGUUUCAAUGCUUCCACUUCCACAUUCCAGGAUGAGUUGGCAUGGAUUCAAAAAAGCCGUCAACCGGGCUGGUACCUCGGUGAUGAUGAAAACUGGUCAUGUUGAACGUACCGUGGACCGUGAAUUUGAAACAGAAGAACGACGCUACCGCACUAUGGAAACUGCGGCUAAAAAGCUACAAAAAGAAGCUAAGGGUUAUUUGGAUGCACUUCGUGCCAUGACAGCUUCCCAAACGAGAAUUGCUAACACAAUUGAUGCCUUUUAUGGAGACGCCGGUUCCAAAGACGGUGUAAGCGCUUACUAUCGGCAAGUAGUCGAAGAUUUGGAUGCAGACACCGUCAAAGAGCUUGAUGGUCCUUUCCGUACUACUGUCUUGGAACCUAUUUCAAGGUUCUGUAGCUAUUUCCCUGACAUCAACGCUGCCAUCACCAAACGAAAUCAUAAAUUGCUCGACCAUGAUGCUAUGCGUGCCAAAGUUCAAAAGCUGGUUGAUAAGCCUUCUAGUGAUCCUUCAAAGCUUCCCCGAACGGAGAAAGAUGCAGCUACUGCGAAGGACAUAUACGAAACUCUUAAUAAUCAACUCACCACCGAAUUACCACAACUGAUUAGUCUUCGUGUUCCUUACCUUGACCCAAGCUUUGAAGCCUUGGUCAAAAUUCAGCUGCGCUUCUGUCGCGAAGGCUAUGAAAAAAUGGCUCAAGUUCAGCAGUACUUUGACAGCUCAGUCCGUGAAGACUACUCGAAUGGAAUGCUUGAUGACAAAGUGGAACAGGUUCUCCAGAGCAUGCGUGAUCUUUCUAUCAGUGGUCUAAGCAAUAAUUAA